AUGCUGCUACUGAUCCCCAGGUACAACCUACCCAAGCCUCUCCUUGAACUUAGUGGUGGUGACCAAGUCAACCUGAGGGGUAUGCAGUUGAGGAGCGGCAAGCUGUAUAGGUGGGCUGUCCCUGCUGCUGGGGAUGACCAUGCAGAGGAUGGCGGGGAAGAAGCACUGGCCUAUGGUGUAGCAGACGUUCGUGUGGGCGCCGAUGAAUUUAGGAAUAAGAUGGAAGCCCUUGGUUAUCCUGCUGGUCCGCUUGCCAUAUGGGCCUUGUUCAAGACUUUGGCUGAUAAUGAGCCCCAAGAGCGUCGCUGCAUCACCAAGGCUUGUGUCGAUAGGGCGUUUUCGAAGAAAGAUGGUAUGGAGGGGAUGGUGGAGGCAGUAGAACUGGCUGGACGACUCCAGAAGGUAUUCGGAGCGCCCGAGGAAGCAUUGGCCGGAAUAGUGAGGAGUGGGCAGCCUGGACCUGUGAAUGAGAUCGUCACUAAGAAGCAGCUCGCGGCGUGGUUACAACAGACCGAUGUAGGAGCAGAAGAGGAAAUAUUGGAGGAGACGAAUUCUAGUGGCGAUGGGAAGAGCCUGGCUGAUCGCGUCUUUGACUUCCUGGGAGUAACUGAGGUGGAUAGAGGUUUGGAUGUGUAUCAUAUCACGGCUAUGUAUUUGUACAGGCGAGUCGAAAUGGUCAAGAAGGCUGAGGGGCUACGUGACGUCUGUGUGGCCCAUAGCGGUAGCCUCGGAAAGGCCUUCGAGAGUAUGGGCUCAGAGGAGGGUGUGGAUGUUCAUGAAUUCAUAGCCUACAUGGAGGCCGCUCCAUCGGGGCCGGCGGCGGCGGCUAGCAGCGAUGAGUUGGAGUAUAUCUUCCACUGGCUGGACAGUGAUAGGGAUGGCUAUGUGUCGGCUGGGGACAUGUUGAUGUUGGAGGACUUGGAUGCAUUGGAAGCACUCCUCCAUAUCAAGGCUGUGGCUGUGGAGUUGAACACCAACGAGGGUGGGAAGGGGCGGACCCUUGAGGACAUACUGCUGUGCCAGGAGGGAAAUGGUGGCAUCACCGGAGGGCAUAUCCUCAAUUUCCUUUCUCAUGGAUACCAGAGUGUUGUCGAUGAUAUGAUGGUGGAGGGUAUGGCAAAGCUCGAUGUUGUUGGGCUAUGCAAAGUCGUUGAUGGUUUCCGCCCCUGGGCCCUGGAGAGAUUCAAUACGAUCGACGACUUCCUGCUGUGUCUGGCCAAGGGCAUGGCGGCAGAGGCCAAUCAGCCAGGAAAGGAUCCCUUCGUAAAGUGGGGCUCUAACCCUACAGUCGCGGCAUAUGAGGGUCGUCGGUUCCUCGAAGUAGUCCGAGCCCUGCACUGUGGCUCCAUGAGGCAUGCAGAGGACCAGUGGGUCCACAUAGACAUCAGCGUGCCGGAGGUUCCUUUAGAGAAGGAGGGCCAGAAGAAAAAAGGCGGCCAGAAGAAUGUUGGUGCUGGUAGCAGCAACGUGGAGAGUAUGAAGAGUCUGGCGGAGCGAUACCGAGGGAAGGCCCGCAUCCCUCUGGGGAGGGGGACGGCCCUCGUUGUGACGGGGGAUCCGCAAGGAUCAUGCGACAACAACAAGGAGGAGGACGGGGAGGGUCUGCCCACGUAUGAGACGACAGGGACGUUUAUUCGCUACAGCCUAUCAGUGGACCACCCUGUGGAUGCUCUGGACACUAGAAUACAAAUACCAUCAGCAACGCCGAGCGAAGGUCCACUGGAGUACAUCGUUCCUGAGCUGGCCGAGGAGCCCCGAGAGCUGAGCUUGCAGCAGGAGUGCAUUGAGGAGAUUGCCGCUUCUGUCGAUGAACAUUUACUGCCGGGCAUUUUAUCUUUACAGAGCGACGGGGAGGCACAGGAAAGUCGUGUCGCCGCUGAGGCCCUCAUGAAUGACGUUCGUUCUGUGGUCUCGAAGCUCGCGGCCCGUGGUGCCCAGCGAAGCAAAGACAGACAUCUCGCCGCUGCGGCUCCCUGUGUGUGGAAAGAGUACGUACCCUCCAGUGAGUUGUUCAUGGAGAGCAUGGGACUGGCGGACCGGGCGCUUGAGGCGGUGCUAAUGAGUCGAUCGAUGAGCCGCGAUGAGGAGUGCUGGAGGCCAAGGGAGGCUCGAGACACUGCUGGUGAGGAGAAGCUCAGGAGGGUACUCUAUGCGGCCCAUAUAGCAGACUUAUCUGCACGCUAUGCCCGGUUGUCUUUCGAAGCUGAGACCAAUGGCUGGCCUGAUCGGGCGGUAUUGUUCUUUGAGAAAAGGCUAGAACUGGACAUGGAGGAUCCACAGCUAUGGUUCCGGUACGCCCGACUGCUGUGUCGGGUGGCCUCCACCUAUGGCGGCCCAGAGGGGCAUAAGACCAUCAGGAAAAUUAAGGCUAUUUCGGCCUUACAGCGCUGCUUGGCCCUGUGUGGUCUCUCUGGCACGCUUGCGCACAUCCCCGCUGACCCCAGUGUGCGACGACGGGUGCCGGUGCCUGCUUUAACGGCUCUUGCGGUCCUCCUGGCGGACCAGGGCGAGGUCGAUGCGGCAUUGAGAGUCUUCUCGUUCAUACUGAGGCUUGGUGAACACCAACGAUGCCCGAAGGGGACCUUCCUCCUGCUCGCUUUGGUUCUACACCAAAUCGAUCAAUGGCGACUGAGGGAUAAGUACCUCAAGCUGGCGGCUGUGGAUGCCACAGGGGACGCUGAGCAGGGCGAGACGGAUAGGACCGAGGGAGGUGUUCAGGACGAUGCUGAUGAGGAAGACGGAGGAGCCCAGCCUAGUUGCGAUGCUGAUGGGAUGUCAAUGAGACCGAAGACCUGUGGGAUACCCGUGGGAGACAUCCCCGUGCUGGACGUCAUCAGAGAGCUUAUCGCCCUGGGCUUGGGGGAGAUGACUCAGUCCAUCUUGGGCCAUGCUGCUGAUGCUGAUCAGGCUCGAUUGACCUUGGAGCCUCUGCUAAAGCUAGCAGGGAAUUUCCAUCUGGCUGUUGACAUUGUAGAGAAGCUAAUCCUUGGGGAUAGCGACCGGGAUCAGGCAGCGUGGCUCUACCGGGGGGAAUGUUACUUCAGACUGGGGAGGAAAGGGGAUGCGUUGGAUUCCUUCCAGAAGGCAACUCGAACCUUCACAAGUCCACCGGAGGACUCGAUUGUAUACCUCCGAAUGGGGACUCUCUAUAGCGAGUUGGGUCAGCUCACAGAGGCAUCGGAGGCGUUCAGGACGAGUCUGACAUAUGAGCAAACGUCCCUGGCGUGGCUAGGCUUGGCGCUAGUGGAACGCAAACGAUGCAAGUCGUCGCUGAGCCUCCUCAAAGCCGCCAAUGCUCUCGAUCCGUAUCGAGCCGGGGUAUGGGCCGACCUGUGUGUCGAGUUGCUGAGGAGCGACGAUGCUGUCGGCGCGGCUAAGGCCUUGCAAGCCUUCAUGAGAACCUCUUGUAUGGUGUUCAGCACUGUGGACCGUAGGGCUGAGAUAGAGUUCUUGUCUGGGGAAGUCCGCUGCUUGGACUUUCUCACCGAGCUUGUUGAUGGCUUGUUGGGUCACGGGAAGUUCGCAAAGGAGGCCGAGAAACUCAUCCGACUGUAUCAGCGUCGUGGUGUCACUGGUGUUGCGAAGUCUUUUAGAGUGACCGAACUGCUCGCUAGAAGCCUGGCUCAGCAAGGAAAGUGGAAAGAGGCCUGCGCCGAGCUUGAGGAAGCCGCCAGGAAAGCAAAAGUCAGUGAUUGA